GCACUUGCAGGCUCCAUUUUCAUGGUGGGCAUUUGAUUUUCAAGUGUGAUAAAUGCUAAUUCAGCAGCAUAGAGAGUUGUUAUGGAACUUCAGCUCAUCAGAAAGCCACAGUCACCAGUGGAGAAGGAGCAGCAAUGGAAAAGAGGCAACAUUCCCCUUGAUCCGUGGACCCGAGGAAGCAGAAAAUUACCUGUGCUUGCUGUCAUAAAUUUCAUGUGUUAGACCUACCUCUAAUUAAAUCAGGUUGUAAAUUAUGUGUAAAACCUGAUGGUACUUUUUAGUUCUCUCUGACAAAUGUGUUGAGCGGUAGGAAAUUCUGUCUCUUGGGUCCCUGCUCCUGUUUUAGCCUCACUUCUGGUAAUUCACCUCUCCUGCUUGUUCAUUCACCACUGAGAUGUGGUGAGAGGCAGCAAAACAAAUACAAGCAGCAGAGAGAAGCUUGAAAAUUCCACGUGCUGGGAUCCCUGUCACGGUUUGAAGUUAUAUCUAGAGGGUGCUCUGUGUGUCUAACCUUGGUUUAUCUUUUACUGCUGUUGAAAUAUUGGAUGUAUUUCCCAGCCAGCAAAGGUCCCGUGGAUGGAGAGGUCUUUCUGUAAGUGGGUUAUUUUUUUGUUGUUGUUUUCUUUUUCAUCGUGGACAAAUGAUUAACAACUGAAUCAAUUGUGCCAGAGGUUGAGCAAGCUGUAUCACACAGGCACAUCUUGGGUUCAGGCUGGGGCAAAGCCAUUUGGAAGAAAAAAAAGAAACCAGGCAGAAAAGGCAAACAGAAAGCUUUGCACAGCCUGAAUCACUUCCCCUAACAGUUUGUCCUCAAUGUCAAGAGGGCAGUUUAUCACUGUGCUCAGUAGCUCUGGGUUAAAAAGGGGCUAUCUGAAAUAAGAACUUUUAUUUGGAGCAGAUUCCUACAAGGGUUCAGUUGUGUGUCUCUCUGUGUUAAAUUGUUAUCAGGCUGCCAGGCCAGAAAGAUGUCUCAGCCAGUGCUGAUUUUGCAGGGAUGUGGCUCCACAGGCAGAAUAAUGUCAUUUGUAAGGUAACUGUGACACAUUAAGGUGUAGCACUUGGCCAGGUAAUGGCACUAAGGUUGUUGGGUUUGUUUGUUAUUAGUGAAUAUGAAUAAUUUUAUGUGUAGCACCCAUCAGUGCCAUAAUGAGCAAAUUAAAAUGAAUUUACUCUUUGUAUCACCAAAGCAGUCAGAGAUGUGUCCCAAGGUGAGGAACUGUGCUGCUGAAAGGCAGAGCUGCACAAGUCAGGCUGUCUUAUUGUCCAGCAAGGGGAAGCAUGGGAAAACACGAUGGCAUUCCUCAUUUUGUGCAGGAAAACACAGAUUUGGAGAACUUUGCUCUCUCUAAGAUGCUUGCUGUAGGCUAAGCCUGAUAGGAAGAUGACAGGAAAGACUCUUGUGUCUCAGAAAUCAAAAAUCUGUGCCUGGAGGGAGAAGCAGCAGGAUGUGAAGGCUCAACAGGCAACCAAAGAACAACUCCUCCAGGUUCUGUCUGCUCUGCCUUUGAAAGCCCAGCUGAACUGAUGGCCACCAGCCCAUGGUAAGUUCUCAGCCCAGUCAGGACCAUUUAAGAGAGAGAAUGACUCAGUGCAGCAGCGAGAAAACACCAAGACAUUACAUUUGAUACCCUGACAUGUCCUGCUUUUGUGAGCUCAAGACAUUGGGGGUGUGGAGCAGAGAAUCUCUGUGGCAUGGCCCAGCCAGGGCUGAGGCUCUUGUCCUCCCCAGCAGCAGGAGGGACAGGGAAUUACUCUCAGGGAGGGGUAGGAUUUGCCUUGAGGCGUGAGAAUAAGUGCUUAUGCCUGGUGCCUGACCUUCCUCUGGAAGACAGGCAUGAAAACAGCAAUAAAUAAAUGAUUCUGCACUCUCUUCCUAGAAAGCCGACUUGAGUUUACUUAUCACUUCCUUCUUGCCAAGACUCAAAUAUGUUUUGUUUGUUGAAAUAUUCAUUUUCCGUGUCCCUUGAAAGGAGCAUUACAAAUGCAGGUGCAGAUUGCUGCUCGGCACAGCUUUGCUGGCCUCGGGAGAGCCGUGUGCUAGCCACUGCAGCGUUUACCUUGUCAGCCUGCCAGGUGCUGGUCAUCUGCUGUUUACAGGGUGGCAGAGCCACUCUGCAGCUCCUCUUUUCGUGCUUGAGCCUUGUUCCAACCCCCACAGCAGACUGGCUGGGGAUGUUGGCGGUGUGGGACCACCGGCGGAACCUCGGAGCGAUGAGCAUCCAACUUCUGCUGCUCUGUGCCGUGCUGGGCGCCCAGACCGCUCGUGGCGUUGGUGGCCAGGAGUCCCUGAGCCCCAGUGACAGCGUGGCCAGGGGCAGGCACGCCCGCUCCGUGAGUGUCCCACCACAGCCCCGUGACUGCAUCCUCUCCUCCUGGUCCUCCUGGAGCAAGUGUGACCCCUGCCAGAAGAAAAGGUACAGGUUUGCCCGCCUGGAACAGCCCUCUCAGUUCAGCGGAGAGCCCUGCGAUGGCUCUGACAGGGAGGCUGAGCAGUGUGUCACCAACACUCCUUGCAGGAGCAGAGCUCGCUGUGAUGGCUUUGUGUGUGCAGUCACAGGGAGAUGCAUUGCACGGAGGCUGCUCUGCAAUGGGGAUGAUGACUGUGGGGACCAGUCAGAUGAGAAAAACUGCAAAAAAGUGUUCAGGAAAUGUGACCAGAAGAUGGAAGAGUAUUGGGGAGUAGAGAACCUGGCAAAAGGGUUGAAUAUCUUCACAAACAGCUUGGAGGGGCUGGUCCUUGAUCACAGGUACUACGCUGGGGGGUGUUCUCCCCAUUACAUCACAGACACGAGGUUCAGGAAGCCCUACAACGUGGAAAGCUACACACCAGAGACCAAAGGCAAAUAUGAAUUUACAAUGACUGAAUACGACUCCUACUCAAAUUAUGAAAGCAGUGUCCUGAAGGCAAAAGCUUCGCAGACAAGCUUCAGCGUCGGUAUAAAAAUACCAAAAGUGUUUGAACUUGGUUACAAUUCAAAUGACAUGAGGUUCAAGAAGUUCAUGCAGAGGAUGAAAAGAUUUUCUUCAAGUUCCAGCAAGUUCAUCCACGCCCGUGCUGAGCUGGCUGUUGGUGUUUACAAGCUGAAGCCCCGGGACCUGAUGCUGCAUCACGAAUUCCUGCGGCGGCUCCGGCAGCUCCCCGCGGAUUACAGCUACGGGGAGUACCGGGAGCUCUUCAGGGAUUUUGGGACACACUUCAUCAAGGAGGCCACCGUGGGAGGCAUCUAUGAAUACACUUUGGUCAUGAACAGCGAGGAGCUCCGCAAGGCGGGUUUUUCUCUGAGCGAUGUCCAGAAAUGUGCACAGAAGGGCUUUAACGUUGAUGUGAACUUUGGUAAAUUCUCUGUGGGGCUUGGAGUAGAUUCAGCUGGCUGUAGAGCCCUUUUGAAAGAGAUUGGAGACAGCACUGCCAGGAAGCAGUUUGUGGAGGAUUUCCUGGCGCUGGUCCGUGGAGGGGCGAGUGAAGACAUCACCACGCUGGCCCACAAGGACCUGCCCACGGCCCAGCUCAUGCAGCAGUGGGGAGAUGCUGUGCAGUACAACCCUGAGAUCAUAAAGCUGAAGGCAGAGCCGCUGUAUGAGCUGGUGACUCCCUCUGACUUGGCUGAUUCCAUGAAAAUAAAGGAGAAUCUGCGCCGGGCUCUGGAUGAGUUCCAGCUGGAGAGCAGCUCCUGUCGCUGUGCUCCGUGCCACGGGAAUGGCACCCCCUUCCUCAGAGGAACAGAGUGUGAGUGCUUGUGUCCCCUGGGCUACAGCGGCGCCGCCUGCGAGACCAGCAGGAGGAAAGAUGCUGCUGUUAAUGGGAACUGGGGGUGCUGGGCCAGCUGGUCCCCGUGCUCAGGAGGUCAGAGGACAAGAAGGCGACAGUGCAACAACCCUGCCCCACAGAAUGGGGGCUCCUCGUGCUCGGGGCCAGCCUAUGAGGCAGCUCCUUGCUAGAAGGAAUCAGUGGGGAACCACUGAUGGGCAGACUGCUUGGGAAGACAUCACCUUGUUAGUGUUCAGGAACACACAUCAUCACGGGAUAGGAUUGUCUGCAGGUGCUUUUAUUGAGAGCUCUGGGAAUCAGGGGUACAGACCCAAAUCUGACUGUGACACGGCUUUUGAGCUGAACACAUUUUAUAUUCUAUCAUUAUAUAACUCACAUAUUAAUUAUUAAACUUAUAUUGUUCUAUUGGA